UGACAGUUGUCAUUGUCAUCUUGUCAAUAAAAACAUUCGUGAAUAUGAAUUCUUCUUGAAUUCGGGCUAUUAUAAUUUAUCUUGUAUGCUUAUUUUUCUUCAGUGUAACGCCAGUUUUUGUUAAUUAGUGCUAUAUAGAAAUGCAUGCUUUUGAUCGUAUUCUAAGUAAGAUACCGAGACAAGUAUUGCAAUGGUGAAAACCCGUCGCAGUAAUGGAGAGAAUGGGGAGGUUGACGAUGGGAAUUAUGCUGUAAACGACGUUGGCAGUGUAUCUGAUGAGAAGGCAAGCAAUUGGUCCCAACGUGAGCUAAGGAGUAGUCAGUAUAAAGUUACUAGAACAAUCCAACGUUGGCCCACUAAAUAUAGUCGCAGAUGCCGUACCAUCAAGAUGCCUCGAAUAGUAUUCCCAGAAAGUGACACCGAACCUGAAAAAUAUUCUAGAAGAUCCAGACAAGUAAGAGUGUUUUUUGCUGAAGAUAAUGAACCAACCAAUAGUGUCCGACGUAGCCGUGGACCAAGGAAAAAUUACGUCGAAGACAGUGAAGACAAACCUAUACAAGAAAAUGUAAGAAGAAGUUGUCGGAAGCGUAAACUCCUCCAUCACAAUUUCAAUGAAAGUUGGAUAACUAAUGAAUUGAAAGUCAAAGGAUAUCCAGAUUUAUAUGGUUUCCCUGGUUCCAGUUCCUCCGAUGAAUCAUACUCAGGCGAUGAAACCAGAACCACACCAAAAAAAAUGUCUAGCAGCCAUGUUCCCGCUAAUACAGAUGAAGACACACAGCUAUCGAGACAACGGCGAACGUCUGCACGAUUUCACAACAAAAAAUCUAAUGAGGCAACUGAAACAGAUUCCGAAGAUGAACAAAAUCAAACAGUUAUAGAAAAGAAGCCACUGACAGACAGUAAAAAGGAGGAUGAGAAAAUGGAAGUUCAACCCUGUGAGGAAGUGAAGGCUGAGAGUGAACCCAAUGUCCAAACACAGGAAAGUGAAAGUAAUCAAGCACCAGCGAGAUCGACCCGAAGCAGAGGGAGAGGUCGACCAAAGAAAGAGGAUAGUCAAGAGACAGCAUCCGAGACUUCAUCGUCGGAAUCUGGUAGCGAGCUGACAAUGGGCCGACAGCCGCGACGGUCUAAUCGUACUCGAAAAGCUAAGCCUGCUUUUGUACAAAUCGCUCAAGGACAGACCCGUUCUAGAGCUAAAACAUUUACAAUAAGAAAGAAGCCAUAUUCUCUUAGGGAAAGAAAACCUAAAAUUCUGCGUAGGAAGACGAUCAGAUCACAAUCCCCGUCCAGUACUAGCAGUAGUAGUACGUCGAGUUCGGAUACAGAAGAAGAUUUAAAUGUUUCUAUGAAAAAUAAGACUAAGGGCAGGCAAAAGACAAAAGCAAUGGAUGACAAGAAAACAGAUAGGGCAUUGAGAGAUAUUCAACCUAUCGAAGUUGAUGGCAGUGUGAGAUUUUCAUCGGUGGGCGGUCUCGAAGAACAUAUAAAAUGCCUCAGAGAAAUGGUUCUCUUUCCUCUGAUGUAUCCACACUUGUUUCAAAAGUUUAACACGAGGCCUGCAAAAGGAGUUUUAUUCCAUGGACCCCCAGGCACAGGCAAGACACUACUGGCCAGGGCUCUAGCUAACGAAUGUAGUCUGGUUGGUGGACGAAAGGUUGCCUUCUUCAUGAGAAAGGGAGCAGACUGUUUGAAGAAGUGGGUCGGUGAAAGUGAAAGGCACCUCAAGUUGUUGUUUCAACAGGCGAAUAAAAUGAAACCGUCGAUAAUAUUCUUCGACGAGAUCGACGCACUGGCACCGGUGCGUAGCGUGCGGCAGGAGCAGGUGCAUACCAGCGUGGUGGGCACGCUGCUCGCAGAGAUGGACGGCCUCACUGACAGAGGCGAGGUGAUCAUAAUAGGCGCUACUAACCGUCUGGACGCAGUAGACCCGGCGUUGAGACGCGCGGGCCGCUUCGAUCGCGAGCUUUACUUCCCUCCACCGCAUGCGGCCGCUAGAAAAGACAUCUUGCACAUAUACACCAAAGACUGGGAACCAUCUCUGAGCGAGAAUGAUCUAGAACAGAUUGCGCAGCUCACCAAUGGGUAUGGAGGUUCGGAUUUGAAAGCGCUAUGUUCAGAGGCUGUACUUAAAGCUUUAAGAAGAGUGUACCCUCAAGUUUACGAGAGUGAACAUGCAUUACUUAUUGAUCCGAAAAAUGUGGAGGUGACGGCGGGUGACCUAGUAGCAGCAUUGGGGUCGCUGGUAGCGGCGGGCGCUAGGGUGGCGCCACCUGUUGCGCGUCGCCUGCCGCCGCGCGCCGGCCCGCUGCUGCAGGCGCAAGUCACCGCUGCCGCGCAUGCGCUCACAGCCGCCACUGGGUGGUGCGCGGGCGAGGCAGCGGGCGCGUGCGAGGCGGCGGGCCCGAGCACGUUCCUGGUGACGGGCGAGUGCGCGGACACGCUGCUGGCGCCGGCGCUGCUGGCGCGGCUCGAGCGCGCCACCGUGCGCGAGCUCAGCCUCGCCGCGCUGCACGCCGCGCACGCCUUCACGCACGAGCAGGCGCUCAUAUCGGUGUUCGCGGAGUGCCGGCGCGCGGCGGGCGGCAGCGUGGUGGUGGUGCGCGACGCGGGCGCGCUGUGGGCGGCGCUGGGCGGCGCGCGCGGCGGCGGCGCGCUGCUGCUGCAGCUGUGGCGCGCGCGCGCCGCCGGCCGCCGCGCGCUGCUGCUGGCCACCGCCCCCGCCCCUCACCACGCGCUGCCCCCAGAGCUGCAAGAACUAUUUCCGUUGUACAAAGAUUGCGUGUAUAAUGUUCGGGAACCGAACGUGUCUGAAGUAAAGUUUUUGAAGCCACUGAUAGCAGAAGCGCUGUUACCACCGCCACCCGUCGAGAGUAAUGAACCACUACCUCAAUUGCCUAGAGCACCUCCACCGCCGCCACCGCGAGAGAGCGAGGAGGAGAUAGCGCGCCGCAAACGCAAGGAGGACUAUAAGUUGCGAGAACUGAGGAUAUUCCUGCGCGACAUCUGUCGGAAACUUGCGUCGAAUCGUCGUUUUUACAAGUUUACCAAGCCUGUCGAUCUUGAAGAGGUGACUGACUACUUAGAUAUAAUAAAGCAACCAAUGGACCUCGAGACUAUGAUGACGAAAGUGGACAUGCAUAAGUAUAAUUGCGCUAAAGAGUUCCUCGACGACAUCGACCUUAUAUGCGCUAAUGCGCUAGAAUAUAACCCCGACAGGACGUCGUCGGACAAGCAGAUCCGGCACGAGGCGUGCUCGCUGCGAGACCACGCGCACGCGCUCAUCGACGUGGAGAUGGACAGCGACUUCGAGCUCGACUGCCAGGACAUCGCGCGCCGCCGCCGCGAGGCGCCCGCCGAGCCCGACCACGACCUGCCCGACUUUAUAUACACCGCCUCCAAUCUGCGCCACGGUUUAGACUCGACGGCGAAUGAUAGCAAAUCCGCGCAAACACCGCACAACGGCGAGAAGAGCGAAACGCAGUCGGCGAAACGCAAGCGUAGACGGAUCAACGCGUGGUCCAAGGGGCUGGUUGUUAAACGGCAGAAAACCUCACACAAGAAUUUGAAGGAUACAAGCAUGCCGAUAACGGACGAGGAGUCGAAGGAGAACAAGCCGAUCACGUCGACGCCGUUGCCAAACGGCGACGCGAGCUCGUCCGCGUCCGACGACGACGCACCGCUGCGGCCGCCUACCGACGAAUUGUUACACAUCACGACGCAGCCCGCCAACAAUCAUCUGCUUGAAAGCCCAACAAAAUCCACAGAGAAGGCAACCACAAAAACAUCACCAAAGAAAAGAAAUUCAGGACAUGAUACAUCAAACGGAGAUGGCGAUAAAGUACUGAUAAACAAGACUGAGUUAGAUAACGUUGUAUAUAAGAAUGCGAAGGCGUUGAGGUCAAUAGGUCUGGAGGCGCUGUUGGACCUAGACGCUCAACUCUCAGCGGUCAUACGAGCUUACUCCACGAAGCACGAUCGCACGAAACUGCCGCACGAACUUCACGCCAUUGUCAAUAGGUACCUGCAGUUAGCGAAGAAAUGAAGGCGAAUGCGACGGAGAUAAUGUGUUCAACGCUUACUGUAAGGACAUCGAAUUUUAGAUAGAAAGGUUUGGUCCAUGUUUUUAGAGUAAAUUUGUUGGUGUAUUUAUUUGGAUGACGUCGGCUAUGUUGAGUGAAUUCGAUUGUUCGAGGUGUGUCGUAGAGAUGUCGCCUGUUAGCGCGCAUUUGCUGUCCACUUUGAAUUUUUAUCAUAGUAGUAUUAGUGAGAUUGUUUGUGUGUGGGUGUUGUCAAAUUAUUGAAGUUUAGGUCAUGUUGUUGAGGGAAUCGACUGCUAACCAGUUGCUGAUCAAUUAGCAAUCACGAUUUAGUACAAGAAUAGGCACGGCGUUAGGCAUACUAAGGUAGUAUGUGUAAACAAAGUCCUGAGAAACUAACUCAGUUUUUCAGUCGACAGAUGAAAAUGGAUUAUUCUAACAUGUUCGGGACUGGGUGUUUUGUAUUGGAUAUUCGUCGUCUACUUUCUCAUAAUACAGGGAAUCCUAUUUUGAGAAGCAGACAAUUAGAUGGUGUAACUGGCAUGGCACUUAAAAAUGUUUGUCUUUGCAGUUAAAAUAAUGUUUAGUCAUGGAUGUUGUGAUGUGAGGAAACAGUUAUGAAUGUAUGUGUUAAUUGUUUACAAUAAAUUGUGUUCAUUCAAAGUGGAGAGCCAGUAUCAAAGACAAAGGUACAUUAUACUAAUUUGAUUUUAGAAAACAUAUUUUCCUUACAUAUUUUCUUUAAAUUACUUGACAAGUGAUUGAAGAUAUAAACGAUUUUUUAGAAUAGAAGCGUUCCUCGGAAGUAUUGUUUCUUCUAAAAAAAUACUGCCAUAGAUAAAUUAAGAUCGUAAUUAAGACGAUAUCAGUUUGUUAUAUUUGAUUGAUCGAUGAAUGAAACAACUAAAAUUGUUUGAGUAUUAUUAUGUAUAAAGAAAAAAAAAACUGCUUCGAAACACCUUUGUCAAAUUACACAGGUAUAAUUAAUUGAAUGUAAACCAUUCCUAAUUAGCCAAAUUGCGAGUGAGAAAUAUCAAUAAAUAAAUAUUGUGUCCGGUUAUUUAUAGGAAAGAAAGAAGUAAGAAUAGGUGGUCGUACAAGAUGGAGAUAGAGCUAUAUAAACGACUAUUUUUCCUCUCUUUCUUUGUACUAUAUCGCCGGUCACUAAACUAGGUUAGGUUAAUCCGGUUGUUAAAUUGCCCGCGGUCUGUGAUAUGUAGAGGAGGUUAUAUAGUGUGUACAUAACAUUUAAUCAAAUACUAUUUAUUUUUCACUCGUACGCUAAACAGUUUCAUCUGUCGCGGUUCCACAUGUUAUGUGUAGAAAAAUAUAUCCAUAAAAGACUGAAAACAAGCCAUUUGUGUACAAUCAGCUUCGUAAAAAUAUUGCAUAAGUUUCGGUUUUAUCUCGAUAUUAUCAUCAUCAUUAUAUCAGUCGUUGACUGUCCAUUUCUGAAUAUAGGUUGUUGUCACGCUUGGCUUGGCUAGGAGGGUUGACAACUCCAGUUUGGCGAUAUUUUAAGAGAGAUGCUUCUACCAAUUCCUCGACCAUUCGAUCAUCGAUCUAUAUGAAGCCGAUUGUACAGAUACGAAAGGCGUGACUGAUUUAUUUAUAUUUAAGUGCACGACGAUAUCAAUUAGUUCAAAUUUUUAAUAUUUUUUAUAAGCUAAUUUCUUUAUAAAAAUGUUUUUACGUAUGUGCAAAUUGUACUUCGAUUGAGAGUAAUUGUUGUUUGAUUUGAUCGGUUUAUGGGCUCAGUGGACCGCGAUGGGUGAAUAUAUUUAUAUAUUUUUAUCAUAACGACUUAUAUAUGUAUGUCUAUGAAUCAGUGCAAAUAUACAAUUUGGCUUUUUAGGUGGGAAAAAUUAAGCACUGAUUUUAUUAACUUAUACCGAUUACCAAAUAAAUUUAAAUUAACCACAAUGUUAAUCGUAGUUUAAGAUUAUAUGUGCUAACAAUAUUUUUUUUUAAUAGUUAAAUUAUAGUGAGUUUCAAGAGUUCAAUUCAAGUUUUUCGAGUUAGUAUCUGAUGUAGGUUAAUACCUUGUGGACUCAUAUUUAAUGACUUAGAUUGGUAACCAAUUUAAAAAAGGAGAUUCGAUAUUGAACUAUAAUUAAUUUAUCGAUUCAUCGUCACAUCAAAUGAAUUUAUUUUAAUAAUAAUUUUUAACUAGUAUCGGUUCUAUAUUUAUUUUUUGAAGUUUGAAGUUGCUUUGUUUAUUUGAAAUAAUACAUAUAUAUUAUUGCGCUGCCAGAAAAAAAUUACAGAACAUCUUUUUACUAUUUUACAAAACCGAAAUUAUUUAGUGUUAAAUAAAUAAAUUACAAAGAUUAAAAUCGAAAAUAUAAAUACCUAUACUUAUUUAUAAUUUGUAUUGUAGUUACACAAUAAUUAUUUGAUCUGAUAACCAUAGGUGUUCCCCUAUAACAGUAGGAUAAAGUUCAUGUUUUACAUGAUGACAUCCCAUAUUAUCUCUCUUUGUCAUUUGUAACCGAAGUUCUAUGUAAGAAGAGAGAAUAUUUGGUAACUUGCGUCUACAAGGUAUUAACCUAGCACGAUGUCUGUUAAGUACUGUUGCCAUAUUGUGCGACGUUGUAUUGUGAGAGCUAAGUAUGUAGUUAAAUUUAUCGAUAAGUCGGAGUGUAGUUUCGCAGAGUUUGGUCUGAAUCGUGAAGCUUAUAAUGGAAUAGAGGUGGCGCCGUGAAUCCCAAAAGCCGAUAAAUUUGGACUCGUAAUUUCUCGCUGUUUUCCAUCUCGCUUACACUCUAAUCGCUGUAAUACAGUAGCUGAAAGAAGGAUAUGUUAAUUAACAUUGAAAUAUUUUCCAUCUCACUUACGUUCAGCGGUGAAGUUGAGACAAGUAACUACGUCUUUUAAGGCCAAAUUUAUUAGGUUCUAUUCUGUGUUCACUGUUCACGUUGCAAUCUCUAUCUGUUUUUAUGGAUAUAUUACGCUAUCAAAUAUACAUAAAAAAUAUAUAUAAAAUUAGCUCUGAUACAAGUAUCUAUGAGAGGUGAGCAUAAUAUUCAGAAUUUGACAUACUUUAGCUACUAAAAAUAAUUAAAACAAAAAUGAGAAAUGAGAAUUUAUCAAUUUACUAAGAUUUUCGAUACUGGUAAAAAGUUUUUCAUUAUCUUCUGUUGGUAAGGAACAACAAAUGAGAGUAGUUGUAUAUUGCCACCAUUCUAUAUUUAUAAUUUUAAAAUAUACCUAUGAUCAACGUAUUUGACAGUGUAAUAUUUCCUUAAGCAUUAGAACACAUUACUCAAAAUAAAUAUCUAUACAGAAACUAAUACUAUAGUAAUUACUACUACACGUGGAUGUAGCGACCUCUAGUGGCUUGAAUAAAGAAACAUUAAAAUGUUUCACGAAUUGUGUUCUUAGAUUCAGUUGAGGGCAAACUUUGUGAACUGUACUGAAGAAUGGUUGUUGUCUAAUAAAAGAUGUCGAUUUUUAAAUGUGUAAGAUCUGUUGAUUAGAGUUACGUCUGUCGUGGUUCUGCACUGUGAGACUGUCCGAACGUUUCAAUGCAACAUGUCCGUUAACCAAUCAUAAGAAUAAAUAUACAGGUAGAACUAACACUUCUGUAAAUUCAAUAAUAAUAUUUAUAGCUUGAUUCGAUAGAAAUUAAUGAAAAGGUUAUUAAUCUUGUUUUUCUUGAAAAGAUUGCUCACAGCAAUAAGACCGCCUUACUGUACUUAUACAAUUGUACCGUUGUGUUUGUAAAUUGCCUUGCUUAUUUCCUAUAUUGUAUAAUGCAAAUAAAGUAUACUCAUUCAUUCUUGGCUAAAUAAUGAAACAUUCUUUAAAUGAAAACAAUUCGAGACAUUGAAUCAUUUAAUACAUUUUUUAUUUCUUUAUCAGCAGACUGUUUUAUAGUUGGGUUAAUUAUUAAUUUGUUUACUUACUUUACCUUUAGUUUAUUUACACGUUGGUAAAAUAUGAAAAUAUUUGUGACAACCCUCUGCAACUUAUACGGGGAUUGAAGGAAAAAAAUAGUAUAUUUUUGCAGUUUAUAUUUAACUUAUGUGUGAUUUCUACCUACUCUGUUUAUUCUUAUGGACAAACGAUAAACAAUAGUUCCCCAAUCAGUCCGAGCCAGAACUCUGUUCAACAAAUAGUGGACAGGGUCGAGUGCAACCCAACUCGUACUUUAACUUAUAACUGUUUAAGGUCUAUAUUUAAGGAAAUUAUUUAUUGUUGACAAUAUAAUGUAAUGUAUAUAAGUACGCACUACUUUCAAUUGACUUUGUACUUUAAAUCUCACAGUUUAAAGUCUAUAAUGUACUGUAUUGGAGUACACACUGCCGCUCGGACACAUUGUACACAUUUUCUUCAAUUGUAUGUCUAGUUUCUUUACACUAUAUUCAUAUCUCUAUUUUUUUUUUUAUUGUUUAUCUAAUUUCUUAUAAAUUGAUUUCGUAAUUAUCGGCACGGUUUAGUUUACAUAAAUUUAUAAAGCUUAUUAUAAAUUAUUACCUAGUUGAUUUUUUUAUAUUUAAAUCAAAUAGUACUUCGUUAUUCUUAUGUUUUUUACUUCAUGAAACUUACAGUUCUAUAGUUCGUCAACUUUGUAUGCGUCGCUCCUGCGGGGACGAAGUGUGCAGAUAGUGCUGUUCUCUUGCUUGUUUUACCAUCUGUGUCCCGUACAUGUUUUACUUCGCCGCCUGCACACCCCAUGCACUCGUUAAGGAAGCUACAAACUAAGUUGACGUGUUAUAGUAGUCUAUUUUUUCAUUAUAUUUCAGAUUAUUUUUGUUAGAGGCGCUGUACGUAUUUCCGUAUAAAUAUUUAACGCAUUUGUUACCACUUAUCGCAUUCGCCUCUGUAAACCCAUGGAAAAAAAGCUGAUACAAUAAUAAUUGAUAAUGAGAGAGAAAAUGUACUUAAUUGUAUUCAAUUACUGUCCGAUUUAUUUUAAUUUGCGAGGUCCAAUGGAGGGAUGAAUAUGAGUAAAAUUUAUACACAGGGUGAAACAGAAUCAACCAUAUUGAAUAUUUCCAUCAAAUAAACGUGACUCUAAAAUCGACAAUUUACUUUUUCCUUUGUUCAAAACGUUCAGCUUUUAAGUAUAAGAGAUUCAAAAAUUUUCUGUCGUUUUUUAAUUUUUAUUCACAAAUUUUUUUGUCCUAACACGUUCGAUAACAUAAGUAGAUUCUUAGUUCAACUUACCUCUAAAGAUUUAGAUUUCAUCCUGUGUAAAGGUUGUACCGAAAAAUUUAUAAACAAGUUUCAAGUUGACAAUUAUUAAAGCUGCUUAAUGUAAAUUGUUGAAAUCUAGCAAUUUUUCCCCAAGAAACAUGAGCUGUCUUCAUCAUCUUUGCAACGUAUCCAAUGUCCACUGAAAUAAGGCACUUCAUAUUUCAUAACAAAGUACGGCCAUGAGCCUCCUACAUCCAUCAUGUUUCUGAAACACUGAAGGCAUUUCAUGGGCUAAAUUAUAAAAAUGAAAAUAAAUGUACCACGUGACCGCGCGGUUUGCGUGAACGUUUCGAAAUCCCUCAUAUAUUGACCCAUGUUUCUUGGAAAAAGUUUGAAGGUACUCCAAAAUAUUAUAAACAGGAUAAAUGGGAAUAAAGAUAUUGCGAAUAUGGUAUACCCAUGGUAACGGUUUUCAAUUUUAACCCAUCAUAAUAUUGUUGAAUAUUUUAUAAUGAUAUUUAUUUUGUACAUGCUUUUUUUUAUUUAUAAAUUUACUUUUUAAAUUCAUAUACGUAUUAAUACUUACUUGUUGUAACCACUCAUUGUUUACAGCUGAUGUUUUUAUUUCCAUUUUUAAUUUAGGUAUAUGGGGGACAUAUUCCACUAUCGAGUAUAUAGGAAUGUAUGAAGCAUUCGCGAAUUUUAAAAUGGGCGAGUGAAGUCAAUUAUAUAUAAUUAUAUAUAUACAUACUCUUCAUUGUAUCCUCCAUAAGAUAAUAGUAAAUUUAUUAUAAUUCCAAACAAUUUAUCAUCUAUGGAGCUGUUUAAGUGGUUUCUAAUUUCUAUUGCUUUUUAUUCUGUGUAUGGAAUCUAUUAACGUAGGUAGGAUCACAUGUGUUCCAGGUGUAAUAGUAGUUGAUGUUGGGAUCAUUUGGUGCGAUCUGUUUUUAUUUCUAAUCUAUAUUUAAGAUUCUUAAUAUAUUAAAAAUAAAGUAUAAAUUUAAACGCUAUAUUGGUACGAUAGUGUAAUAAGUCCCUUACGCUCUCCAUACAGGACCAUCAGUUUUUGUUGAUUUAACACGAUGGAAAUAAUAGUAAUGUGUUAUAAAGAGAUUUAUCAACAAAACAAACCCGUGUGAUAUUUAUAUAAGAAAUGAAACACGUCAAGUGGAUUAUCAGUAGUUACCUACAUCCAAAAUGGAAUCAAAUUCUAUGCCAUAGAGUUCGCAAUGUUGACAUGUUUAAUGUGUAUUUUUCAAUUAAUCUGCUUGCAAUUGCUCAAUACGGAGUGUAUGUCGGACAUUUUGUAAACACUCACAAUAUCCACCGGUUAGUGUAAUUUUGUAAUAAAAUUGUAUUUAAAUUAAACAAAAUAAAAGGGUAUGAUUAAUGUGAUAUCACA